CAACCAUUCACAUAAGUCAAGUAGGUUCAACUAGGAUUUGAGUGUUGCCUUUUUCACUGCAGUAAUACAUGUAGUAUGGCUAUGACCUCUAACUACUCUGGCUCCUCUGAAGAACGUGAAGUGUUCAACCUGAAUGACAUUGGCUUGUGUUGACCACACAACUACGACAUGAGUGUGCAUGGCAUAAAAUCAUGUAGGAAUGGAGCAGGGUUAACCCACAUGGGCACACAGAACAGGGCAUAACUCCCCUCAAACGUCCUCCAGUAAAACUAGAAAGUUUUAAUGAAACGUAGAGAGAGCGAGAGAGAGAGAGAUUAAACGGUAACACGAGAAUAACGUCACUCGCUCUCAGAUGUAAGCAGACUGGUCCGGAGAAAACCGCUUGCGCCUCACUCAUUCGUGGUCGAAGAGAGAAAGCGUGGGGUAGAAAUAGACUUGGACCAAGGAAUCGUGUGGGUAGAGGCAGCACACGGCAUUAUCCACAAAGAAACGUGUAACGCAAAAAUAGUGGUUUUAAAAAGUUAUUUCCGCAAGUUGGAUUUUUUUUUUUAUUGAAAAGCGCCCAUAUUCAUCGCUGGACGUUUUGCAAAACGUGGAAAACCUACCCUGCUUGAAGUGGAUUUAACAAGUGACAUCAAUAAGGGAUCAUAGCUUUCACCUGGAUUCAUCUGGUUCUGAAGAGAAGACUUGCAUAACCAGGACUCUGGCUCGUCCUCAAGACUCCACACAAAAGGUGUGUAGUUGGUGAGAAGCCAGCUGGCUGGCCCUGGAGACACGCCUUCACUACGAUGUAGAGUCCAGAAGAGAGAGAACGAGAGAGAGAGAGAGAGAGAGAGAAAGAGAGAGAAAGACGAAAGCGAUACUGUUUACUCGCUACACACAAGACGGGAUAGAGAGCAAGUGAAAGAGGGUGAGUAAGACAGUGGGAAGGACGGAAAGAAAAGAACGAGUGACCGAGCAGAAAGAAGGAACAAGAACCACAUCAGGAGGAGAUAAGAGCAGAGAAAGAGAGGGACACGGUGAAUCAUUGACCUCAGGCCCUGCCUCCAAACCAGCCUCUCCCGCCCUCCUCCUCCUCCUCCUCCUCCUUCCCUGCGUUGGAACUGUUCACUCUCUCCCACACCUCUUUCACAACAGGAACCCAUUCUUUGCUCUCUCCCUCCACCCGUUCCGCUCUUCCUGAAGUCCCCUGAGGACUUGAACCUUCACCUUUGACCCCACCUGUGUGACCCCUGGAUGACAGUCCACCUCUCCCGGAAUCAACCCCGUCGAACUUCACUGAACAGACAACACCAGGAACACUUCAGAAGCACUGCAAACGUCAACACCACCAUGUGUCACGUGAUCGUGACCUGUCGCUCCAUGCUGUGGACUCUACUCAGCAUCGUGGUCGCUUUCGGCGAGCUCAUCGCCUUCAUGAGCACCGAUUGGCUGGUGGGCUCACCCCGGACACCGGACGCCGUCUUCAGCCCUCACGGCGCCACCGCAGCCGGCGAGGCCUACCGGCCCACCCUGGGCAUCUACGGCCGCUGCAUCAAGCUGCCCCACCUGCAGCGCGGCGUGCUGUGCGGGCCGUACGCCGCGCACUUUGGGGAGAUCGCCAGCGGGUUCUGGCAGGCGGCGGCCAUCUUCCUGGCGGCGGGCAUCCUGCUGCUGUGUGCCGUGGCAUUCAUCUCCGUCUUCACCAUGUGCUUCCAGAGCAUCAUGAAGAAGAGCAUCUUCAACGUGUGUGGACUGCUGCAGGCCAUCGCAGGUCUGUUUCUGAUCCUGGGUCUGAUGCUAUACCCUGCAGGCUGGGGUUCAGACAAGGUGCAGCUGUACUGUGGUCAGGACGCGGCUCCCUACCGGUCGGGGCUGUGCACCAUGGGCUGGGCCUUCUACACAGCCAUGGGGGGCACCGUGCUCACCUUCGUCUGUGCCGUGUUCUCCGCCCAGGCCGAGAUCGCCACGUCCUCAGACAAGGUGCAGGAGGAGAUUGAGGAGGGCAAGAGCCUUAUCUGCCUGCUCUGAGGCUGACGAGGAGGAAUGUCACGUCCUACCCCCCUCGUCUCCACUCUGGGGCCCAGCUGUCAAUCAAAUGGAGC